AUGAUGAAUAAUUGUUAUACAAAUUUUGAUUAUUGUUGGUCAAAAAAACAAAAGAGUAAUCCAAAUAUCUCCACAAAUAAUUUUAAAGCUAUUGAAAAAUUGGGUAAAGGUGCUUUUGGUUUUGUUUAUUUAGUCAAAUGGUACAAUAAUGAAGAUAAUAUUCAUGAAAAUUUUCUUUGUGUAUUAAAAAUUACAAGUAAACAACAAUUAAUGAAAAAGAAAGCACAUCUAUUUGCUUUAAGAGAAAGAGAUAUUUUACAAUGUUGUCAUCAUCCGAAUCUUGUUAAAUUGUUUACUUCAUUCAAAGAUGAAUCAAAUAUUUAUUUAGUUCUUGAAUUUAUUGCUGGAGGAGAUCUUUUUUCUUAUAUGCAAAUACAUGAACGACUUAAUGAAGAUCAUACGAGAUUUUAUAUUGGACAAAUAAUUUUAGCAUUCGAAUAUCUACAUUGUUGUCAUAUUAUUUAUCGAGAUCUUAAACCUGAAAAUAUUAUCUUAACAGAUCGAGGAUAUAUAAAAUUAAUUGAUUUUGGUUUUGCUAAACGAAUAAAUAAAUCAACAUCAACUAUGUGUGGUACACCACAAUUUAUGAGUCCAGAAAUAAUUCUGCAGAAAAAAUAUGAUAAAUGUGUUGAUUAUUGGGCAUUAGGUAUUCUAACUUAUGAAUUAUUAACUGGUAUUGUACCAUUCGAUGGUGAAAAUAAUGAAGAUUUAUUUGAUGCUAUACUUCAUAAUCCUAUUUAUUUUCAAUCUACAAUAUUUACAACAAUAUCAGCAAAUUUUGUUCAAGGUUUAUUAACACGUAAUCCACUUCAACGAUUAGGUUGUACAAUAAAUAAUUCAUUAGAUAUUCGUUAUCAUCCAUGGUUUCAACAAUAUUUAUAUUCAUUUGAACAACUCGAACAACAAUCUAUACCUGCUUUCUAUAUUCCAUCGAAUUUAACUGAUUAUACAAAUUAUCCUUUAAAAUUUAUUGAAGUUACACCACUUAAAAAUCCUAUAAAUGAUAAAAUAUUUGAUAAUUUUUAA